GUCUAUUUAUUUUCUUCCUUAUUCUGACCAGGUGAUUCUGGACCAGUUCAACCCAAGUUUAAGGAAUUUUGUUACGAUGGGAAAGAACUAUCAAAAAGCCCUCUCAGGGGUUACUGUUGCUGCCAAAGGCUACUUCGAUGCCUUGGUGAAACUUGGUGAGUUGGCCAGUGACAGCCAAGGGUCCAAGGAGCUGGGUGAUACCUUGUUCCAGAUGGCUGAAGUCCACAGGCAGAUCCAAGUACAACUGGAGGAGACGCUGAAAUUUUUCCACUCUGAGAUGCUGUCCCAGCUGGAACACAAACUGGAACUAGAUAUCAAGUAUCUGAUGGCUACCCUGAAGAAAUAUCAAGGGGAGCAUCGUGCCAAAGCCGAAUCAAUUGAAAAGUGUCAGGCAGAGCUGAAGAAACUGCGCAAGAAAUGCCAGAACAGCAAAAACCCACAGAAAUAUGGGGAUCGUGAAGUGCAGUAUGUGGAAGUCAUGAGCACCAAGCAGAGUGAGCUGGAUCGGUUUGUGGCAGAAGGCUACAGAGCAGCCCUGACAGAGGAGCGGCGACGGUAUUCAUUUCUGGUGGACCGCCAGUGUGCAGUUUCUAAGCACUUCAGCAAUUAUCACACGAAGGUGCGGGAGCUGUUGGCAGCCAGACUGCCCAUCUGGCAAACAUCGUGCACCCAACCUACCCGUUUACCUGAGCGGGCACUGGCUCUGGUCAAGCUCACAGCCAAUAACACCACGGGUGGAAUUCCUGUUCCAGCCAUGGAUCCCCUUCCCAGCUCCAAGACCCUGGAAGAGCCUUUAGAAUUGGGACAAAAUCAUCGGGCUUCAGCCCAGGAAGGAACACCACUGCCAAAUGGUGAUUUGCACCGUGGGCGGGGAUCGCGGGACUUCAGUCACCUGCCAGUCAGCGAGCCUAUCCCCAUCGCUUCAGGUCUGCCCCCCACCCAGCUCACUCAGAGCCCUCCACAGACCAAGACUGUGGACAGCUAUUCUUGCACUCUGCCAAUGCCACGCAAGAUGUCAAUGGAAACUCGCUUGGCAACACUGGUAGAGAACAAGACCCUGCCCCGCAUUAAUCCUCUUUCAGUCCUGCCUCCACGUUCUGAGCGCCCGAGAGUCCAGGCAGUCUUCUCACAUGCAGCAGGAGAAAACAGCACCCUUCUCAACUUCCAAGAGGGAGACAUCAUCCUUUUAUUGGUGACUGAGGCAAGGGAUGGCUGGCAUUAUGGAGAAAACGAGACAACCAGAAUGAAAGGUUGGUUUCCUUUUUCCUAUACUCGGCCCUUUCCCUCAGCCGAGGGAGCUAGCAAACUACUCAGCAGUGGCUUCCCUCUUAGCAAGAUGAACAGCAGCAGCACAGGAAAUUUGGAUCGAGCUGGAUCUCCACCUGCUGGACCUGAUGGGGGGGAUGAUUUACGGUAUGGCCCUUCACCCCGUAUCAGUGCAUCUCGUCAACGACCCUACAGCAUGCUAAACCCUGACCUGUCACAGCUGGCAAAUGAGUUUGGAAGUCCAACUGCCUCUCCUUCAAGGACCAACCCAUUUGCUCAUGUUAAGCUGAAACGUACGGUGACCAACGAUCGCUCAGCCCCACUCAUCCAGUGAAGGGUGCAAUGUUGAGUGGAGAUAGACCGCUACCCUGCUUUUCCCUCUUUCCCCCACCACGUGGCCUUUCCCAUCUAAUAAGCUGCUUCUGGCCCAGAGUAGUUUCCGCAGGCCAGGCUGGACCUGGCUUGCCACCUCUUCCCCACCCUCCCCAAUGGCACAUGAAAGCACUACAGGUCCACAGACUCGACUCACAGCCAGGAGGCUGUGGGGUUUCACUUGGCGGCAGCAGUUCCAGGACGGGAAUGCGAGCCAACAGCAGGAGGACAGGAACAGCUGCAGGGGAGACGGAGUUUGGAUGCAAGUGAUGGAGGCAGGUGUAACAGUUGGAUAAACAGAAGCAGGAGAAGGGUGAAGGAUGUGGGACAGGUGGAAGGAGGUCAGAUGAAAGGAAAGAGGUUAGAAGAGAACUAUGCAUUGCAUGUUACAGAACAUUUAAAUGAAGGGAAAUUCAGUGAAUUUGGGCAUUUGAAUGUGAUUUCUAUUCCUUACAACUCAGAGACAAAGUUUCCACUGAUCAGACUACGUCUGUUUUGUUACCCAUAUUUUGACUAAAACACCACUGAUUCAGUGGUAUGUGCUCAGAAAGAAAGUAUUUUGAAACCAGAAUGAAGGUGUGCUUAAAUCGAUGAUUUUAAGGUUUCGUUUGUUUGUUUUUAAUUCAGCAGGUCUUAAAUGUAUCUCUCUUUAGAUUUGGUUCUGCUAGCCAGUUGAGUAAUUUAAUGACUGCAGUUAUCAUAUAUCACCUGGGUCAUGUAAAAUUUCCAUUCUGGAGUAAGGUUUUACACUAAUCAUCACAUAAGUCAUAGAUAAACAGGUUGCAUAUGGACUUCUGAUGGAAAGUCCACACUAAUCUUUUCAACUGUGUAGCAGUAAGAGAUGUUAGCUUGAGGAUAGAAAGGAUAGGCAAAACUGGUUUAGGGGAAUAAGAGAGAAGCAUUAAGAGGAAUUGGUAAAUCUAGCAAAACCGAAUUCAAAGCUGAUUCACACAUGUAAUGUACCUUGUCUGAUAUUUCAUUGCUGAAUUAUUCAACGAUGGGUCCAGCUUACUCAAAAAAAUAGCAUCACUUGGAAGUGAUUAUGAAUUGGCUGUACUGAAAAGCAUUAGAUUUGACUAGCUAUGGUGUUAGUUUUGUACUGGCCUCUUAAGACAUGGAAACCAUCUGUUUGUAUUACAGUCAUCAAGUGAUAAACAUACAAAUGUGAAACAGCUCUGGGGAGCUGGGUAUGUGAACAGCUCCACUGAACAAGUAGAAGAUUGUAAAUUAUGAAAAAAAACUCUGUUGACGAUUGACGUGCUGUCACUGCAUUCAUUGCAUGAUUGUAGAGAUAUCUGAAUUUUCUUAACAAGGCAUGGAUUGUGGGUUGAAAAGGAGCCAGGAUUUACGAUUCCUGGGUUCUCUGAAUCUGAAGUGGGUCUGUGGUCUGCUGAAUAGUCCAUGAAGUGAUCCAUGCUGCUAGCGUGUUUUGAUUCCUCUUCAAGGAGUUGUUGAGAUCUUUUCAUGGAAAAUACGAAAAUGUUACCAUUAAACAUAGGCCACACAUUUUGUAAUUUAUAUUGGUUUCUGUAGUGAAUUUAACCAGAGGUUUAUCACACUAUGAUAUAUGAUGGUCUUAAAAAAUGUAGAGACUUUCCCCUGCUCCACAGUAACAUGGGAUAGAAAGAGAAACACCAGGAGUCAGGACUUCUGUGUGUGGAAGGAGAUAGUAGAUUAAAGCAAGGAAGUUGCCAAUUUUUUUAAAAAAAGUGUUUAUUUAAUUUCAGUUGCCAGAAUGUAUAAUAAAGACAGUUAUCCAGUAGUAUUCUUGUCCUGGCAGACCAAACUGCAGGCAUUUUGGUCAAAGCCAAAAUAGAGUAAUUCAGCUAUAUUGUCUGAAGAAAGAAAUAUUUUUCCCAGUGAGGAAAGGAAAUGCCAUCUCACUUUCCUUGCCCCUCACACCCCUCUCCUUCUGACAAAGAACCCAGUCAUUUAAGAGUCAAAGUAUGCCCCCUUGCAGGCUUAGCUAUGCUAUUACAGAAUCCUUUACAGACUCUAGUUACAUGCUUACUGAUCUUGAUUUAAUCUUGAAUGCAGUGGCAUAAAUAAGCAACAGCAUCCUUCUUGGGAUAAGUUAAAUAAAUACACAAGAUGUCUACCUUUGGUGAAACUCACAACGAUAUAGUUGAACUGUGGCCCUGGAGCAACUUUCAGUAGUUAAGAAGAACAUGGGACUGACAGAAAGAUGACAAGAUCAGUAUUUUAUCAGUGAAAGAAGAGUUUCCGGUUUUGAAGGUGCAUGGUUCAUAGAGUUUUACAAAGUCACCUUCCACU